AUGAAACGGAACCGGUCUAUUAGAUCAACAAAUUUCUUGCUUUUACCAGUAGGUCCACAAGUGUCAAAAAACUUUAAAGAAAAAAUUUUGGGACAAAUGUUGCAUGAUCAAAUAUUUCUAGUACUGAGACAAGAUCAAACAAUUCUUAGAUAUGGCGAAACAGAGUUCAACCGAUUAGGACAUGACCGAAGAUACUACAGAACCAUUAUCGACCGGUGCAGAGAAUUGGGAAGGCUUGUAUUAAAAGCUAAAGAACUAAAUCCGAAUGUAACUAAAUUAAGCCAACUAUUAAGAGCUUCCAAUUAUCAGUUAUUAAAACAAAGCGUUUUUAAAGAAGCUGAAUUUAAUAACGAAACUAAUCUUUUUAAUAAACCGUCUUAUGCCUUAAAGGUGGGAAUAUCUGUUAGGAAAUGUGCUACAAUGUUGAAAGGGGACUACCUUCAGGACGAAAUUCUUAGAGAAUACAUUCCCGAAUUGGAAGCAUUUUUAUGCGUUAUGGAAGCAAAAUGGUUUACGGAGGUUUCGUCUCAUGCUCAUAGAACAUUAGCUGAAGUAAAAUGGAAUAAAAGAAAAACUGUACCUUUGACUAGAGACAUUCAAAAGUUGAAUAAAUAUUUAAAUAAACAGAUUAUUAUUGAACAGGACAAUCUAGAAGGAGGCCCUAAUAUUUUGGCUUUUAAAAAUUUAGUUGAAAUUAGUCUUGUCAUGACAAUAAUUUUAAAUAGAAGACGCGUUGGUGAAGUACAAUAUAUGCUUCUUAAAGAUUACGAAUCGGCUUUAAAAUGUGACCCAAAUUCUGAUAUUUUUCAAAUUUUAACGGAAUCAGAAAAACAAUUAAGUCAAUCCCUAAUUAGAUUAGAAAUAAAAGGAAAGAUAGGCCGCGGUGUGCCUGUUCUCUUAACCGAAAAAUUGCAAUCUAUCCUUAAUCUAAUAAACACCAGACGUGAAGAAUGUGGAGUGGUAAAGUCUAACCCUUACUUAUUUCCAUCACUAUCAAAUGUUAGUGGUCAUUAUCCUACCCACAAAAUAAUUCAAAAAUGGACAAAAGCUUCAGGUUGUGUUAAUGUUAGUACACUAACUUCCACAAAAUUAAGAAAACAUGUAGCUGUUAUGGCUCAACUAUUAAAUUUAAGAGAACACGAACUUGAUAAUCUUGCCAAAUUUAUGGGCCAUGACAUUCGAGUGCACAGGGAGUAUUAUCGUUUAGCUGACGAAACUCUUCAGCUAUCAAAAAUUAACAAAUUGUUGCUAAAUUUGGAAAAAGCAAAAUUAGGUGAAAUGAAAGGAAAAAAUUUAGAUGAAAUAACUUUUGAAGAUGAAGGUGAAGACGAAAACUCCGAGAGUGAAAACGAUUAA